CGGGGCCGGGGCAAAACGGGGAGAAAAGGCGUCUUCUCGUUUGGGCAUUGACAACAUUUCGACAAUAUUCACCAAAAUAAAAGCCUGCCCGCUUUGUCGCGAGAAGACAACGAAGUUAGCACCGCCGACCGAAGCCGCCCCGGUGAGAAAAGGAUAAACCAACACAGAUGUCAGCGGAUUUCUCCAUCGCAGGCUUUUAAAGAUAAGAUUAUUCAUUCGGCUGUUUUAAAUAAUUCAAGCUGCACCUGAAAAUGUGUGGAAAUAAGUCGCUGCUGAUCAUAUGACGCCCCUCUCCUUUCUCUUUAAACAGAGAGGCAUGCUACAUUAACAAAAUAAAAGCCGCACGUCUAACAGGCAGUGUGCAGAACAAUGAACAUGGAGCUUAAGUAGCCUUAUUAUAGUCUGAUCAAAGUGUGAGUCCAAAUUGACAGUAACACAAGAAUUCAGCCGGUCUGGAUCUUAUAUUCGGGAUUUUUUGGCACAAAGAUCAUCUGAAAGGGCGUUGAAAGAUUGAUGUGCAGCUCACACUGGAAAGAGAAAACGACCUACGAGCUGCUUGGAAUAAGGGUCCCUGUUUCUGCCCCAGACAGCGUGUUUCCAUGGAGGCAGGUUCGGCCCUCAGCCUCAAACGCAGAUAUGAAGAGGUGGACAACAGCUCUCCGUUCUCCACACUUAAAGACUCUGACGAUGACAUCUCCAGCAGUGACAGCGCAGACAGCUGCGACAGCCUCAACCCCCCCUCUAGCACUGCAUUUACCCCCACCUCCAUCCUCAGGCAGCACAAGCCGUCACCGGGAGGGAAGAGGGUUCGUUUUGACGUGGUGACGGUGUACUACUUUCCCCGGCGGCAGGGGUUCACCAGCGUGCCCAGCCAGGGCGGCAGCUCUCUGGGAAUGGCCCGGCAUCACUCCUCCAUCAGACACUACACGUUGGGAGAGUUCGCCAGGGAGCAGGAGACCAGCCACCGACACACUCUACGCCAACACCUGCGCCAAGAGAAGCUCAACGCCCGCAAGAUGAAGCUGACGAGAAACGGCACGGUAGAGUGUGCUCAGGCUGACCUGCUGACUCUGGAGGACGUCUCAGAUGAGGAUCUGGAUGUGGAUGGCGUGGAGGUGGACGACUGCUUCUUUCUCCAGCCUCUGCCCACAAAGCGCCGUCGAGCUCUCCUGAGAGCAUCCGGUAUCGCCCGCAUAGACGCUCGAGAGAAGGCAGAGCUCAGAGCCAUCAGGGUGUCGAGGGAGGAGUGUGGCUGCGACUGCCGCCUGUACUGUGACCCGCGACACUGCGGCUGCAGUCAGGCUGGGAUCAAGUGCCAGGUGGAUCGGAUGUCUUUCCCAUGUGGCUGCUCCCGGGAUGGCUGUGGUAACGUUGCAGGCCGCAUUGAGUUCAACCCUCUCCGUGUCAGAACUCACUACCUACACACCAUCAUGAAGCUGGACCUUGAAAAGAGACGCAUGCUGAUCCAGGGGACUGGAGAUCAGUAUGCUGAAUCUGACCCGCUGUCCUCCCCGUCCUCCACCUGCCCCACCUCCCCAGACCUCUCCUCCAUGACCGGUCUUGACUCUGAGCUGGAGGAGAGCGAGGUGCAGACUGUGGUGGAGGUUCAGGAUCUCCUUGCGGAGCAGGACAUCCUGGAGCGGGAGAACGAGACGGCCGUGCUGCACCUGCAGAGCGCCGAGGAGCAGGAGAGGAGGGAGAGGGAGGAGGCGGAGGGGGAGGCGGUGCAGGAGCUUGAUGGAAGUCUCACAGAGCAGCCUCUCUGCCUCCUGCCUGCUGCUCUGGGAGAUGAGCAGGCGGAGGUACCAGGAGUGGAGCAGGUCCUCCUGCAGGGGCCGUUUCCGACUGGAGCCACGGUGCUGUGCAUCACUGACAACCAGGAGGAGAGCCCCUCUGAGCUCCUUAAAGACUCCUCCUCUCUGCUCUACUACCAGCUCAGCCCUAUCGAACCUGGAGCGUUUGAGACCCUGCACAGAGCGGAGGAGGCUGAGCAGGAGGAGGGCUUUGGGAGAGAACCAGGAGGAGAGGAGGGUGAAGACGGAGGGGAGAAGAAGGAUGAAAACCCAGAGGAGAUGGUCUGCAGGCAGAGUUUGGGGAAAACUUUGACCAAUGAGAUUUUGUGCUCAGAGCAACAUGUGGAGGAGCAACCAUCGAGUCCCCUGCAGAGCCUCCCUGAAGACCAAUGCCAACGGAGCUCCUGCAUGGACGGAGGAGUGGCUCCGCCUCCUCCUGAAGUUUAGUCCUCGCUUCUCUGCAGAUAUUUUGCACAAUAGCUUCAUCUAAGAUGAAAAAAAGUGACACAUUUCACAUUUAUUACUGCUAUCAUGAAGAAUGAUUACAGAUUGCAAUCUUUAGUAGUGACUUUAAGUGAAUAAUGAGGAGAUUACUGUAAUGAGAAGAGGGGGAAGCUGAAAGCACACACAGAUCGCUCCCCUGUAGUUAAAUGGAUGCAGUAACAAGGCAACAUUGUGCAUAGUUGUGUUGGGGGUGAUAGAUGCGGCCUUAAUGGAAAAUACUCUAAAACACUUGUGUAGUUUGUUGAUGAGAAAGUGCAGAAAGUAGUGCUCUGUUAAUUUCCAGUGCAGCAAACCUAAAACACAAUUUGUGAACGCUGACAUAAGCCUUUUUUAGUUUGGUGAGUUAUGAAGAUAUCGACACUAAACACAGAUUGUUUUGUGCAGAAAGACGGUGUGUUCAGAAACUUUGACUCACUUUCCAUUACAGCAAUCUUGUGCUGUAGAAAAGCCAAAUGAAGGCCUCUGAUUGAAUCCUCCACUGAAAAUAGACCUAAUAAUCCUGGAAAUACUUGUUUUUGUGUACUGUAUAUGCAUUCGUGCAAGAGAGCCGAGGUUGCUGCUUCUUUUGAGCUGUGCGCACAUUAUGAACUAAGCAGAGACUGUAUGAAGAAGUGGAUGUAGCUACCUUAAACAUCUUCCUUGAUUUUGGAGUCAAGGCAGGGUAGGUGUAUGUAGUUAGAUCCUGGUUGCUGUAGGUAAAUGUAAAUUCUUCUCUUUUUACCCGCUUUUCACUCUUAAGGAAGGGAAGGCAAGCUUAUUCACAGCACCACUCAUUCAUAAACCAAUUAGAAGUGCUUAUUACAUUUGACCAAAUGAACCACAGGCUAUCUCUGAUUGGCUGUUUGAUUCUGAUUAGAUAUGUUUUCUUAAAGGUACAGUGUGUUAUAUUUAGUAGCACUAAGGGGGAAAAUUUGCAAAAGUUGGAACAUGAGGCAUGUUUGGGCCAAAACUGAGGCAAUGUGGAAAGUAAAACCGCCUAAAGCAGUGAUUCUCAACAUGUAGCACCCAUUUAAGCUACCUUUUGCCAUUAAAUACCCCAUUUUACCCUUUUUUGGCCAUUUUGCAGCUUCUUUUUUCCA